GAGGCGGAACCGCCCCCGACGCGGCGUUUCACUGGCCGCGAAUAAACUUUGCGUCCCUUCCACACGCGCUCCCCCUCUCUCUCGCUCCGACAAAAAACCCUAGACCUCCCACCACGCCGCCGCCAGCCGCCAGCCGCCGCCUCCCUCCUCACAGACAGCCGGUUCCAUCGCUGAGAUUCUUCCUGUGAGGAGGUGUUGGGGGUAGCUGGCGAUGGGGGCGGAGCAGGGCUACGACGACAUGGAGGUGACCCUCAGAGACUCUGACGUGUUCAAUUAUAUCGUGGAGGUGCUGCAGAACGUCCGGAUGGAUCCAUUUUUAAUCGACCUAAGGUACAAAAGUCAAUAUGAUUUCCUGCUAGACCUUGUAGACCCUACCAAGAAAAGGACUAGUGAUGAGGAGGCUAUGUUUGCUACUACUUUGGAGGCACUAUCAGAAGCAGUAUCCACGAUAGACACCAUGUAUCACCAUGCACUUCUACACAAUAUAUUUACCAUGUGCGUCUGGUACUUAAACAGCUACACAAGGGUUGUGCUUUUGGACUUAAUAACCAGAUUGGCUGCUGUGGCAGACCAGUACCUCAGAGAAUGUUUGCAGAUGCUUGUGAAUAAUUUCACUCCACCUGGACCACUUAUUCGUUACAUUGAAGAGCCAAGGUGGCUUGCAAAGAAGGAAGAAAUAUACUCUCAGUUGCAAGAGAGUUUGAAAAAGAUUUCUGACACUGUGCCCUUAGCACCAAGGAUGUUAAAGGAUAUAAUAGAUAGGAGUAUGCCAAAGUUGUUUGAUAGCAAAGCUAAGAUGGUAUCAUUUGUCGAAUGCAUGUUGGGCCUUGAUGCUGACACUUGGGACAUCAUUGGACCUUCAUUGUUGGAGAAAGUUGUUUAUCUACUUACGGAAUUGGAUGUUAAUAUAACAUGGGAAGAUAUUCUUCAAGAUGAACACAACAAAGGUAUAUUUGACAUGGAACUUGAGGAUUUGGAUGAGGAUGAAGAUAACCUUGGUCAAGAAGGAACAAAGGUCCUGUUUGGAGGAAAUGUGUGUGCCGAAAAACUUGAUGGUUUAAUGGUGGUUGUGUGCAAGCACCUCAAGUCACGCGCAGAAGAACCUGAUCGCCUAAAUAAGGAAUUUGACACUUUGAAGGCUAUAUUCAAAUCACAUGUGAUUAGGGUGCACAAAUCCAAAUUUGCACAGUUUAUCAUGUUUUAUGCUUGUUCCCUGUAUCCAAAGAUUUGUGGUGAGGGCUUUGCUUUUUUUCUUGUCGAUAUUUUUAUUGACAAGGACAAAAAGGAGGAUGCAAUAACUAGAAUGUCUGCAGUUUCAUAUGUUGGAAGCUAUCUGUCCCGGGCAAGGUUCAUUUCCGUAAAUACAGUUGUUGCUGUACUCCAAAGGUUAGUGGAGUGGUGCGGGGACUAUUGUGGCAGUCAGCUGGACAAAGGGGUGACAGCCAAUCCUAUAAAACAUCAACUAUUUUAUGCCAGCUGCCAGGCUGUGAUGUAUGUCCUAUGCUUUCGGUUAAGAUCUAUUAUGGACUACCCAAAUCUUAAACUACAACUUUUUCAAAUGCGAAUCCAGAAUAUCUUGGCCCAUCCAUUGGAGCCAUUAAAGGUGUGCUUGCCUUCAAUAGUGAAUGAGUUCUUGAGACAGGCUAGGUCUGCGAGUCUGUUCCAUGCAUCUGUGAAUUCAACACAUGAAGAUGCAGUUGAAUCUGAUCUAUCGAAGGCAUUUGGAGGACUUAAUAGGCUUGACAUGUUCUUCCCAUUUGACCCAUAUCUGCUUAAAGAGUCUGACAGGUAUAUACGCCCAAAUUUUGAGUUCUGGUCCUUGGUCAAGACGACAUACAGUAACAACAACAGCGACGAGGACAAUGACGAGCUUGCAGACAUUGACGCACCCGGAAUGAAUGUGGGCAGCUUGGAUGAUCACUUUGAAAUAGAUUUCAACAAUGAUGAUGACAUUGAGUAUUCGAUGAAUAAGAUGUCCAUAACGCCGCACCGCACUUUCUACCAUCCACUGGCUACAAACAGUGAGUUCAGCAGCAUGCCUGCGAGGAUCAGACCUUCAGUGAGCCCUCCAUCAUAGCUGGCCAUCAGAAGAUCGUUCUGUUCUACUCAACUCUUUGCUUGACUGAUGAUGACAAAGCCUGAUGCUAUGAAGCUGUACGUGCCAAGAAGGAACCAGGGGAUGACAAUCAAACAGAUACCGGAGCUUUCUAUUGUAGUUGUUAGUAGGGUCAAAACCCAUUAUUCUGCAGUUUGUAGGCUACCAUUUGGGAUGAAAUGCAAAGUGUAUGUGUGUUACAGGGGACGGUGUGGAAAAUGGUUUUGUGAUUGUAUACUUGGUAGGCACCCCUCAGGGAUGUGUAGUAAAGACAAAUGUGUUGUGAAAUGGUUCACCGAAAGUAUUCUCUUGGGAACAUCAAUGGUCUAUAAUGUUAGAAUGUCGAAACAGUUCCUGUU